GGUGGGCUGCCUAAACAGCGAGGGUCUCCGCGGGAAUUCAAAAGGCACAGCUCGCUGCAGCCUCGAAUUGGGGCCAUGGCGCCGUCCAUCCUCACGAACCUCGGCUGCGCCGGCGGCGCCGCGGUGAUCACAGUGACGUUUAUACACCCCAUCGACACGGUCAAGACGCGCCUCCAGGUCUCGGGCACGGGCAACGCGCGGAACUAUGCGGAGCUCGGCCUGGCGGGGACGUGCUCGACGAUUGCCAAGGAGGAGGGCAUCGCCGCCUUCUGGAAGGGCAUCCCCGCGGCGUGGAUGCGCGAGGCGUCGUACACGUCCUUCCGGCUGGGCCUCUACGCGCCGCUGAAGAAGGCGUUCGGGGCGGACAAGCCGGACUCGCCGUUUAUCAUGAAAUUCGCGGCGGGCGGUGCGUCGGGCGGUACGCGGCCCGGCGUCGCGAUUGUUGAUUUCCCGGUCGGCCGCGUCAACUGAGGAACGUGACCCCGCGCAGGCCUCGGCUCCAUCGUCGGCAACCCGUUCGACAUCCUCAAGACGAAGAUGAUGGCGUCCGAGACGGGUCUAGGAUUGGGCGCGACGGCCUCGUCCAUCUACAGCAACCAGGGCCUCAUCGGCUUCUACAAGGGCAUCGACGCGAACAUCAUGCGCGCCAUUGUCAAUAAUGGUACGAAGAUGGCCUGCUACGACCAGUCCAAGUCCCUCAUCAAGAACAACGCGCCGGCGCCGCUCAACGAUGGCGUGCCGCUCCAGGCGCUCGCGUCCUUCGUGGCGGGCUUCUUCAUGACGUGCACGGUCGCGCCCUUCGACAUCUGCCGCACGCGACUGAUGAACCAGCCGGCGGACAAGCCGAAAAUCUACAACAACCUCUUCGACACGUUCGUCAAGAUCGCGACGCAGGAGGGCCCGCUCGCGCUCUGGCGGGGCUUUAUCCCGAUGUGGGCACGUAUCGCGCCGACGACGACGCUGCAGCUGCUCUUCUUCGAGAAGUUCACCAAACUCGCGGGCAUCUCGGCGACGUAGAGUCCUCGUUCGGUCGUGCCCCUCGUGACGCCGGGGCGGCGGUGGCGAGGGGGUGUAAAUUUUGCGCACAUACG